AUAAUUCAUGGGCAGGACUUCGAUCAGCGGGCCAAAGAAGAGUUCCGGGCUACAAUCUACAGCAAUGUUAUCAAAGGUGUCCGAGUGCUGGUGGAUGCCCGUGAGAAGCUGCACAUCCCUUGGGGAGAUCCUGAGAAUCAGGUUCACGGGGAGACAGUGAUGGCCUUUGACACCCGCUCAUCCAUGAUGGCUAAAGGGAUGGUGGAGACCAAAGUCUUUCUGAACUACCUGCCCUCCAUCUGUGCCCUGUGGCAAGACAGUGGUAUUCAGAAUGCCUACGACAGACGGAGAGAGUUUCAGCUGGGUGAAUCUGUGAAGUAUUUCCUGGACAAUGUGGAUAAACUUGGACAAUUGGACUACUUGCCCAGCCAAAAGGAUAUACUGCUGGCACGAAAGCCCACCAAGGGUAUUCAUGAGUACGACUUUGAGAUCAAGAAUGUUCCUUUCAAGAUGGUGGAUGUGGGAGGGCAGCGGUCAGAGCGCAAGCGAUGGUUCGAGUGCUUCGACUCUGUGACCUCCAUCCUCUUCCUAGUCUCAUCCAGCGAAUACGAUCAGGUGCUCAUGGAAGACCGUCAGACCAACCGGCUCACAGAGUCGCUCAGUAUCUUCGAGACUAUCGUCAACAACCGCGUCUUCGCCAACGUCUCCAUCAUUCUUUUCCUCAAUAAGACAGACUUGCUGGAAGAAAAAGUUAAUAAUGUGAACAUCAAGGACUACUUCCCCGAGUUCACAGGGGAACCCCAUAAUCUGCUGGACGUGCAGAAGUUCCUGGUUGAUUGCUUCCGUAACAAGCGUCGUGAACCGCAGCAGAAGCCCCUUUACCAUCACUUCACCACCGCCAUUAAUACAGAGAACAUUCGACUCGUCUUCCGUGAUGUCAAAGACACCAUCUUGCACGACAACCUUAAGCAGCUUAUGUUACAAUGAAAGGCACCGAUUGGCCUAUAAGAACAUUCCAUUUUAAUUAGGUUUUUACUUUAUUUAAUACAAAGUACAAGUGGUUCAAUACAUAUUGUGGUUGAAGAAAAAUAGAUAGGAUAAUUAUGCAACUUUAAUUUUCUUUUGCAUAUCAUUACAAUCAUAUAUAUACAGAUUUUAUAUAAAAGCAACCUCUUUAAGCUGCUUAUAGCCGUAUCAAAUAUGUCAAGGAAUGGUCCUUGGUUAUUCACCAAAAUGCUGUAAUUCUGAUCGUUUACUGUAUGCUUAUGAGCGCAUAUUUUCGUAUAAUGGAACUGUUAACACUCCUGUAACCCAUAGGCUUAACACCUGGUUUUGAUACAGUUUUUAAAAAAAGAAAGUGUGAGAACUCAGGGCUUUAAAUCUUUAAUUCAAAGAGCUCUUCUGAUCCAGUCAGCAGUUGUUUAUGGGGCUUGAUGAGUCUGGUUUUAUA